AUGGAGGGCGUGACAGAUUCUCCAUGGGCUGUUGUGCCUUACCAUGACCCUUAUGAUCACGAAGUCCCUGAAGUUCUGAGUUUUGUUAAUGAUUCUCCUGAUCAAACUCUUGACGCAUUGUUCGACGGUGGAGUAGUUCCUUCUUCCCCUCAUCAAUGUCCAGUUCCUCAUUUUGAUGAUGGAAUCCAAGAUUUCCCCAUGUCCCCAAUGUGGGAUUUCAGCAACAAUUAUAAUGGGGGAGGGAAUAAUAAUUUUUCAGUACCAGAGGAUCCUCCUUCUCAGUGUUCCGGAGGAGGUGGAGAACCGGCUGUUGAUCAGAAUUCCGGGUUAGGGUUUGGGCAAAAUGUGAUGCCGCCUCCAGUUGUGGCGCCACCACCACCAAUAAUCAACUCCGGUUGCUGCGGCUGCCAGGCUCUAAGGGAAAUCGUUCACUUCAGCCGCGACUAUAUCAUGACACUUAAAAUUCAUGGAAGACUUGGUGCCAUCUGCCAUGCGAUUCAAGAAAGCCGAGCCAAUUACUUGUAUGACUCCGGUGUUUCUAGCGAGCCUCACUAUCAGAACUUAGACUUUUGCAAUAAAGGCAUUGAGGAAGUGAAGCAGUGUCUGACGCAGUACUGCUUAGAGCGAAAGGUAGAAGGCUACAUCAUGCAGCAAGAUCCUCUGCAAGCAUUUUAUCAGACUCUCUGUGUUGGUAUGGAUGGUGAGUGGGAUGAUAUUCUUUGUUAUCCCGACGAAUUUAUUCCAGAGGACUUCGACGCCACCGACGACUUCAUUUCUCCUAAUUCAGAAAGGGUGGCAGAAAUGGAUCAACCUGCUACUGUGGCGACCGUGAAUACGAUAGGGAAGGGUCCUAGGCUUCCUAGGUAUUCCCUUGCAGAACAGAGGGAGAGAGCAGCAAAAAUGAAAUUAGAUGAUCUUCGUGCUUACUUCCAUCUCACCAUUGAAGAGGCUUCUGAACAAUUGCGUUUUUGCCCAACAGUUGUCAAGAGGAUCUGUCGAAAGUUUGGAGUAAGCAGGUGGCCUGCUAGAAAGAUCAAAAGCAUUGAGAAGCGAAUAUCAAGCUUGAGGCCACUUUUGAAUUCAUGUAGUGAGAGCACCAGGGGCCAUGUUGCAGCUGAAAUCGAAAGGCUUGAAACAGAAGUAGCCCGACUUGUACCAUAA